AUUGGUGAAGACGGAGUUUUUUCGAGCACGUGAUUAGGCGGCUCAACUCGCAUAUAUACACGUUCUAGAAGAUUCGCUCGUUCUCUCUGCAACGGCGAGGUAAGACAAAGACCGUCUUAGUAACAGCUCCAGCUUCCAUCGAUCUUCGCUAAAUUUGACAGUAACCAUGUCUAAGGGACCAGCUGUUGGCAUUGACCUGGGGACCACCUACUCCUGUGUUGGAGUCUUCCAGCAUGGUAAAGUUGAAAUCAUUGCCAAUGACCAAGGAAACCGGACCACACCAAGCUAUGUGGCCUUCACUGACUCUGAAAGGUUGAUUGGUGAUGCAGCCAAGAACCAAGUGGCCAUGAACCCCACCAACACAAUCUUUGAUGCCAAGCGCCUCAUUGGAAGAAGGUUUGAGGACUCCAUUGUUCAGGCUGACAUGAAACAUUGGCCUUUCAAGGUUAUCAGUGAUGGUGGAAGGCCGAAAGUGGAGGUUGAAUAUAAAGCAGAGACAAAGAGCUUCUAUCCUGAGGAAAUCUCAUCCAUGGUGUUGGUGAAGAUGAAGGAAAUUGCUGAAGCCUACCUUGGAAAAACUGUCAGCAAUGCUGUGAUCACAGUGCCAGCUUACUUCAACGACUCUCAGCGUCAAGCCACAAAAGAUGCUGGCACCAUUUCUGGACUGAAUGUACUCCGAAUAAUUAAUGAACCUACUGCUGCUGCUAUUGCAUAUGGUCUGGACAAGAAGGUUGGCUCUGAGAGGAAUGUCCUCAUCUUUGAUCUUGGUGGUGGCACCUUCGAUGUUUCUAUUCUGACAAUUGAAGAUGGCAUCUUUGAGGUCAAAUCCACUGCUGGUGACACUCACCUGGGUGGUGAAGACUUUGACAACCGCAUGGUGAACCACUUUAUUGCAGAAUUCAAACGCAAACACAAGAAGGACAUCAGUGACAACAAGAGAGCUGUUCGCCGUCUGCGCACUGCCUGCGAGCGGGCCAAGCGCACACUGUCCUCUAGCACUCAGGCCAGUAUUGAGAUCGACUCCCUUUAUGAGGGUGUUGAUUUCUACACCUCCAUCACAAGAGCUCGCUUUGAGGAGCUCAAUGCUGACCUCUUCCGUGGAACCCUGGACCCUGUUGAGAAGUCACUCCGAGAUGCCAAAAUGGACAAAGCACAGAUUCAUGACAUCGUCCUGGUCGGUGGCUCUACCCGCAUCCCUAAGAUCCAGAAACUUCUCCAAGAUUUCUUCAAUGGCAAGGAGCUCAAUAAGAGUAUCAACCCUGAUGAGGCUGUGGCUUACGGAGCAGCUGUCCAGGCUGCCAUCCUUUCUGGGGACAAGUCUGAGAAUGUUCAGGACCUGCUGCUUCUGGAUGUCACCCCUCUGUCUCUUGGAAUUGAGACUGCUGGUGGUGUGAUGACUGCUCUGAUCAAGCGUAAUACCACCAUUCCAACUAAGCAGACUCAGACUUUCACCACCUACUCUGACAACCAGCCUGGUGUGCUGAUUCAGGUUUAUGAGGGUGAGCGUGCCAUGACCAAGGACAACAACCUGUUGGGAAAAUUUGAGCUCACUGGAAUCCCACCUGCUCCUCGUGGUGUUCCUCAGAUUGAGGUUACAUUUGACAUUGAUGCUAAUGGCAUUCUUAAUGUCUCUGCUGUUGACAAGAGCACUGGCAAAGAGAACAAGAUCACCAUCACCAAUGACAAGGGUCGUCUCAGUAAGGAGGACAUUGAGCGCAUGGUGCAGGAGGCUGAGAAAUACAAGGCUGAGGAUGAUGUUCAGCGUGACAAGGUGUCUGCCAAGAAUGGUCUGGAGUCCUAUGCUUUCAAUAUGAAGUCCACUGUAGAGGAUGAGAAGCUGAAGGGAAAGAUCAGUGAUGAGGACAAACAGAAGAUCCUGGACAAAUGCAAUGAAGUCAUCAGCUGGCUUGACAAAAACCAGACUGCUGAGAAGGAGGAGUAUGAACACCAGCAGAAGGAGGUGGAGAAGGUCUGUAACCCAAUCAUCACCAAACUGUACCAGAGUGCUGGCGGUAUGCCAGGUGGUAUGCCUGAUGGAAUGCCAGGUGGCUUUCCAGGAGCUGGAGCUGCUCCUGGUGGUGGAUCUUCUGGUCCCACCAUUGAGGAGGUUGAUUAAGCCAUACCAACUCAUUCUACCUCUCCAAUGUUUACUAUUGUGCCCUCUGUAGCAGAAUAGCUGAGACUGGUGGGUUUUGGUUGUUUCUGCUAUGGAGUGACUACAUAUUUAUAAAAACUGGGAUUAAGGGAUCAUCACAGGGAACAGCUUCUUUUCUACUUGAAUGCACAAUUUAUCAACUGUUAAAAUGAUGCAUAAGCCUUUUGCAAAUGCCUGGUUUGCCUUGAAGUAAAUCUGAAAUAAAGUGAGCACUUUUUCCCA